AUGACCAUGAUCUUUCAGCCAAGAGGCACCAAUUUCGUCGACUGCAAAGUUGUAUUUGUGUCCCUAAAAGCAGUUGGCGGGAGUGAAACUUCCGCCCUAGCUCGGCCGGCUGUGCCCGCUGCAGGAGCCCGUCCCGGACGUCGCGUCCCAUUGCUCGAGGUUCGUCGCGUCCCUGAGAUCUGCCGUAGGAGCCCGUCCCGGCUAUCGCGUCCCCGUGCUCGAGGUCCGUUGCGCCCCCGAGCUCGCCGCAAGAGCCCGUCCCGGCCGCCGCGUCCCGGAGCUCUGCCACAGGAGCCCAUCCCGGCCGCCGCGUUCCCGUGCUCGAGGUCCGCCGCGCCCCAAGCUCCGCCGCAGGAGCCCGUCCCAGUCGCCGCGCCCCCGAGCUCCGCCGCGCGAGCCCAUCCCGGCCGCCGCAUCUCCGUGCUUGAGCUCCGCCGCAAGAGCCUGUCCCGGCCGCUGCGCCCCCGAGCUCCGCUGCAGGACCCCGUCCCGGCCGCCGCUUCCCUGUGCUCGACCUCCGCCGCGCCCCUGAGCUCCGUUGCAGGAACCCUUCCCGGCCGCCAUGCCCCCGAGCUGCGCUGCCCCAGCCCGUCCCGGCCGCCGCGCCCCCGAGCUCCGCCGCAGGAGCCCGUCCUGGCCGUCGCGUCCCCGUGCUCGAGGUCCGCCGCGCCCCCGAGCUCCACACAUACAAUGCGAUAA